UCUUGAAAGCUGUGCAUUCAAACAAGAUUUCCAUCUUAGAAGAGGUUCAAACAAAGAUCUGAGUUCAAAGCUUGAAGCUUCAAUUUCAAAGAAAUGGGAGCAAGCUUUACAAUCCCACGUUCAAAAUCUUCCAAUGCAACAUUACAAGCAAUGACUCCCACCAUUGUGGAGUGCCACAACAAAGCAGAGUGGACAGCUCGUUUGGAAGCCACAAGGGAAACAAACAAGCUUAUGGUGAUUGACUUCACUGCUGCAUGGUGUGGACCUUGUCGACAAAUGGAGCCGACCAUCAAGGAGUUUGCUUCGAGGUUCAAGGAUGUUGAGUUCGUCAAAAUCGACGUCGAUGAGUUGAUGGAUGUUGCAAAGGAAUAUGGAGUGGACGCAAUGCCAACAUUCAUACUGAUUAAGAAGGGGAAGGUAGUUGAUAAGGUGGUCGGCGCCAGGAAGGAUGACCUGCAGAAGAAGAUUGAGAAUCAUGGUAAAUAUUGAUGGAUGCUCCUCUUGAAGCUUCUCAAUAAGCCAGGAAGAACUAGUACUAUAGAACAAACUAAAAUGGUGUUUAUUUUAUUAUUCCAGCCCUUCUCACUUCUGAUAUA